AUGUACAACACUAAUACUAAUAGGGGCAAGGUAACACGUUAUAAUGAUGGUGGAAAACACAUACAGACAAUACAACACAGCAACACAGGUCUUGAACUUUAUGGUAUGCCUAUUUUUAUCACAGAUAACAACAAUGAAGAUGUUAUUGUGUCUGACUCGCUUCGCGGAGUAGUGGUAACAAAUCGCGGUGGAAUUCAUCGUUUCUCUUAUACAGGCCCUUCAUCAGGAGUACGCUUUUUGCCGUAUGGAAUCUGUACAGAUGCACUUGCACACAUCCUGGUGUGCGACCUUUACAGCAACACGGUACAUAUGAUUGAUAAAGAAGGCAAUUUCUUGUCAAAGAUUCUGACGAAACAAAAUGGGAUAAGUAGGCCACGGAGUUUGAGUUAUGAUUUUAAAACCCAUCUUUUAUGGGUUGGAUCGUGGGACGAUAAUGUUGUGCGUAUAUACAGAUAUAUAAAGAGGCAGGACUUACCGAUAUUAAAUUGCAAUUAG